AUGGUGAAUUAUGAUGAUAUUACUCAAACUUUACUAAUAGAACGAAUAAAAAUUCAAUAUGACUCGAACAGCCAAUGGAAUAAGUAUUUAAAAUAUAGUUUAAGAAAUCCCCAUUCCUUCAUAUUUCCAGAUAUACCUCUUUUUAAUAAUUUUAAUAAAGAUUUUAAUUACUUUAAUUCAACCUUUUUAUCAAAAGGAUAUAAAAUAAACAAUAUUGAUAAAUUAAACAAAGAUUAUAAUGAGGGUGGUAGCAGUGAAAAAUAUUUAUUUGAAAUAGAAAAAUACGAAGAAAAAAAUUUUAGAGAAGACAAUGAUGCUUUAAUAAGAAAGAUUGUUUAUUUAUUUAAAGAAUGUAUGUAUUAUUUCAUGAGUUUUAACGAAAAUGAUGGUCAAAUUUUAGAAAAACGUAAGAAUUCUAAUAAAAAAGAUAUAAAUCAUAGUAGUGAAUAUGAACUUUUUAAAAGCUUAAAUGAUUGCAUAAUACAACUACAUGAUUCUAAGAAAAAAAAAAAUCAAGCUUUAAUUAUGACUAGUGAAUUUUGCGGAGUCUUUACACCAAAAUAUGUUAAAUUAACAAAAUAUUCUGAUCAAUUUAAAAAUUUAUUAAAAGAAAAUAAUAUAAAUUUUAUUGAUUUGUUUAAUGAAGAAAUUCAAAAUAAUGAAUUUUAUAAAAAAAAAAAAGAGCAUUUUGAUCAUUUAAAAAAUUCUUCAUUUGUUCCUUUAACAAAAGGAGAGAUUUCUCUGGCUAAUAAAAACAAUAUUACAAGAAAUAAUUUAAUAAUUAAAAAAAAAAUUGAAGAAAACAAUAACAUUGAGAAUGAACAUGUUGAUAGGGUUCUAUUCAAUAAUGAAGUAGACCCCAAAAGUGAUAAAUACAAAAAAGAAGAAACUUUUAAUAAAGCAAUUGUUAUACAAAAUGAAAAUGAUUUAAAUGUAAAGAAAAAAGAAAAAAAAGAAAAGAAGAAAAGAAAAAAAAAUGAAUGCUCUGAGAAUAAAAAAUAUUCUUCUACUAAUUUAAAUACUUCUAUGAAAGACAAUUGUAGUAUUCCCAAAGAAACAAAUGAUACCAAUAACAAUGAAGAAUGCGAUAAUAGUAAAAAGAAAAAGAGAAUGAGAAAAAGUGAUGAAAAAAAAAAAUAUAAAAAUAAAGUAAAGAAUAAUGAAAAAAUAAAAGAAAGUAUAUGUAAAGAUGAAGUAAAAGAACUAGAUAUGGUUCUAUAUGAAAAUGAAGAAAUAUACAACUAUUUAAAUAUAAAAAAUGAAAAUACUGAUGUAAAUAAAAAUGAAAACUUUAUGAAAAAUACGAAAAUUUUUAAUUUAUUAAAUAAAAAAAUGAAUUCAGAUGAUUACAUUUAUAAAGAAAUAAAGAGUGAUUUUAUGAAAGAAAUAAAUUUGCCUAAUAAUUUUAAUUAUGAUGUAAAUGUAAUAGAAAUAAAUGAAAAAGAUAUUAAGAAUUUUUAUAGAUGCAUAGUUAGAUAUAUAAAUAAAAAAAAAGAAAAAUUAAAAAUAUAUUACAUCAUAAGCAAUUUUUUGUUUUUUUUUUCCAAAAUGCAUAAAAAUUGUAUUAAUUUUGAUGAUAAUGUUCAUAAAGAUAUUAAUAGAAAUUUUGACUAUAAGAGUAUAGUAAUACAGGGUAAUAUUUUACCAUAUAAUUUCUUUCUUCUUCUAAAAGCAUUACAUUUAAUGAGUUCAUAUGAUAUCAUAAAAAAUUUUUAUAUAACUGUAAAUUAUGAUGAAAGAAAAAAUAAAUGCUUGCAUUUUUUAAAUCUGACAGAAAAUAGAUUUUAUGAGAAUUUUAAAAAAUUUGAAAAAAAUAUAAAAUCUAAUUUCAUGUAUGUUCAUAAGUUUUUACAGAAUAUGAUUCCAGUAAAUAAAUAUUUAAUAACAAAAGGAAAACUGCAUAAGAAUAUGGAAAAUACUCCUUUUUCUUUUGAGAACAAUGAUUUAUUACAAAUAACGUAUAAUAAGUCUUAUGAUAAUAGGGAUAUAGUUUUAUAUGAAGAAAAUAAUGAAGAUUAUACUGAUGAAAAUAAUACAAUAGGGAACAACUUAAAUACUAUUAAUAAUAAUUCAUUAUCUAAUUAUAAUUACUUAAUAUAUGAUUCUAACAACAUUCAUAAGCAGUUACUAAAUAUAAAAAAUUAUUGUAAAAUAAUAGAUGAUAAAGAAAUGCAUAAAAUAAUGAAGGAUCUAACUGAUUUUAAUGAUAAUUACACCAAAAUUUUAUUAAGAGAACGUAAAAUAUUAUUUCUAUUAGAUUUAUAUGAAAAAAAAUUUGUUUUUCAGAAUUUAAUGCUUAAUUCUAUUUUUUUUGAUUCAUAUAUUUCUUUAAUUUACAUUUAUUAUAUAAAUAAUUAUACAAAAAAUAUAGAUAAUGUAAGACAUAUUCCACUAUUUAAACCAUCAUAUAUUAAUCUAUUGGUUCAUCACAUAAUUAAAAAAAAAAAUGAAAAAAAAUUAAAAAAAACAAAAACAAGAAAUGUGCAUACUGUAGACAAACUAUGUAACAAUUUUUUUAAAAAUUCUUUUAAUAAAAUAUUAAAUGCAAAAAUAGAAGAAAGAACUGAUAAUACUUCUUUAAAUAAUUUAAAAAAAGAAGAAAUUAAACAAGAUUCAAAAGGAGAAACUUUGGAAAAUGAUGAUAAUAAAUAUGAAAUAAAUAACAAUAGUGAGUAUCAUCAGACUGAUGUUUAUUUAACAGAUGGUAUAAAAAAGAAUGAAACUAAAAUAGUAAGUGAGAAAAAUCAUGAAAGUAACAUUCAAAUAUCAGAUAGUAGCUUAAUUAUAAAUGAAGCAGUGAUAAGAAAAAAAGAAUAUGAUAAUUUAGUUAUCUGUAUAUUUGUAUUUAUUAAUGAAAAUUCUCAUUCUUUUAGUGAGGAAGAAAAAGAAAUUCGUGAACUUAUAUUAUAUGUUUUAAAAACUAAAGAAAACUCAACUGAUAACAAUGAAAUAAAAUAUUCUUUUAAAUACAGAAAUAGUAUAAAUGAUGCAAUUACAUUAAGUGAAAUAGAAAUAAGAAAAAAUGAUUAUUGUCAAAUAUAUAUAAUAGGCUUAGUAUUAAACAAUGAUAUAUCUAAUCAAACUUUACAAACAGACAUAAAUAAUUUAUAUAACUUAAAUCAAACAUUGCAUCAAAAAUAUAAUGCAAUAAAUUUUGAAAUUAAAACAAAAAUUUUUACUUUCUAUUGGAUAUAUCAAGUUCAUAUAUACGGUUCUGUAUUCUUAAAAAAUAAAGAAAUAAAUCAUAUGAUUAAAAAAGUUGAUAAUACAUAUCAGUUACCAUAUAAUGUACAGUGGAAGAGUAAGUUGCUAUGGGGUUAUUAUUUGUAUAUAAUUCAAGAUAGUGUAAAUAGUAAUUACACAAAUGAAAUGAUUGAGAAAUUAAACGAAGAAGGAAUAAAUAUAAAGCUGUGUAGUGAAGAAUUUGAUGCUAAAGUAGUAGAAAAUGAUAUAAAUGAAAUUCUUAAUUUACACGAUUUAGAAUUAAAUGAUUUGAAAUAUAUAGAUAAUAACAUAUUUAUGAAUAUUAUAUUUUUAAUUGAAAAUGGUCAUUUGACUUAUUUCACUUUUAUAAAUACAGAUAAUAUAAAUAUAACUCAAAGAAAUAAUUAUAUAUCAAUUCAAAUUUUUAAGUCAAAAGUAACAUUUCCAUCAUUUAAUUUAAACACACCUUUAUUAAAUGAUACUUGGCUAAAAGAUGUUUUGUCAAAGCAAACCUUAUUACCUUUUAAUGAUUAUUUUUAUAAAUUUUAA